AUGCUCGACGCAUUCAAGAUCAAGCCCUUCGACCUUGAGCCGAUAUUCGCGUCUUGGACUGACGGUCCCCGCUUUACGGGCAACCCCAAGAAAGACCUACCUGUCGACGAAUGGUUGAACCAAAUCAAGGAGGGGUGUGUUCAGCGCAAGGUGCCGCAGGAAUACUGGCACAAAGUCGGUCGUCAUUUCAUGGAACCAAAGGCGAAAGCGAGGAUGGACGAGUUGAAGAAAGUGAUGGCCAAGGUCCAUGGUGGCAACUAUCGCUGGAACUGGAAGAAAUUCAAGAUCGCUAUGCGCAAUAUGGGAUGGGAUAUUGAUGCGUCCGAAACCGAGGCUAUUCGUGUCCAAACGAAACCGUCUGGGAUAUUUUGGUUCACGAAGAACAAGACCGAGGAACCUGAAUCUGUUGAAGAGGUCGUAGAGACCAAGGAUGUCAAGGGACACCAACGUCCGACCUUGUCGUCUAUGCGCUCGGACUCGCUGUGGCUCAUGCGCAAGAAUUCGAAGAAUGCGAGUGAACAGCCCCAGAGGCCCAUACCAGUCAAAUCCAAGACAACAGACUCUUCUUUUUGGAAUACCAGGAAGGAGAAGGAGUCUUCCAAAGACGAAGUGUCGAAGGAGGUCAUCUCCGCAGCGCCUCUUCCCAAGAAAGCUGAGACCGCUGUAGUCCUUCCCUCGAAGCCGGUCGAGUCGAGUCCAGAAGAGACGGUUACAACCAUCGCUCAUGCACCAAAGUGGCUCCUCAACGCCUGUAACGCGCUUGACUUCCUCACCACUGAGCAUCCAAAAACCAUGACGACGAUCAGCGCUGUUCUCAUUACCGUUGGUACUCUACCCGCAACUCUGGUAGCUGCAGGCGUUGGAGGACCCGUUGGAGCAGUAUUGGCCUCCCACGCCGCGCAAGCCGUCAGCGCGGUGGCCCUCGGUGUCGGUAACUUGUUGAAAGCACAAACGGACGGACAAGUCCAAGCAGCCAAUGCCCCCGCCACGUCGACCGUUCGCUGA